AUGGAGAAAGUAAACACAACCGAGCGACUCACGCAGUUGCGAGAACUCAUGAAGCGCAACAAGGUAGAUAUCUACAUUGUGCCUUCAGAAGACAGCCACCAAAGCGAGUACAUAGCCCCUGCCGAUGCUCGUAGAGAAUUCAUCUCUGGCUUUUCUGGCUCUGCUGGAACUGCCGUCAUCACUCAAGAGAAAGCUGCCCUAGCCACCGAUGGAAGAUACUUCAACCAAGCCGAAAAGCAACUCGACAACAACUGGACUCUGCUCAAACAAGGUCUCCAAGAUGUACCCACUUGGCAGGAGUGGUCCGCCGAGCAGUCAGAAGGCGGCAAGAUUGUCGGUGUUGACCCCACCACUAUCACAGCUCCCGAUGCUCGCAAGCUGUCCGAGAAGAUUAAGAAGAAGGGCGGAAAGGAUCUCGUCGCCGUCAAAGAAAACCUCGUAGACUCAAUCUGGGGCUCAGCAAGACCUGCCAGACCGAAUGAAAAGGCCGACGUCCUCACUCUCGACUUUGCCGGCAAGAAGUUCCAGGACAAGAUUGAUGAUCUGCGCAAAGAUCUGGAUAAGAAAAAGAGCGCUGGCUUCGUCGUGUCUAUGCUGGAUGAGGUUGCUUGGCUAUACAACCUGCGUGGAAGCGAUAUCCCUUACAACCCGGUCUUCUUCUCUUACGCCGUCGUCACACCAACCACCAGCACGCUCUACAUUGACGAUUCCAAGCUCACUGCUGCCGCAAAGACGCAUCUCUCGGGUGUUGAGGUCCGACCCUACGAUGCCAUUUUCGCCGACAUGGAAGCUUUCUCCUCAUCUUCUACUGGCGAGAACAAGUACCUCGUUUCCAACAAGGCUUCUUGGGCUCUAUACAAAGCACUUGGUGGGGAGGAGAAGGUCGAUUUGGUACGCAGUUUGAUUGGCGACGCCAAAGCUGUCAAGAACGAGACCGAAAUGAAGGGAAUGCGCGAAUGCCACAUUCGCGAUGGUGCCGCGCUGAGCGAAUAUUUCGCCUGGCUUGAAGACCAGCUCAUCAACGAGAAGGCCAAGAUUGAUGAAGUCGAGGCCGCCGACAAGCUGGAGUCUAUUCGCUCGAAGCACAAGCACUUUGUUGGCCUCUCUUUUGACACGAUAUCCUCUACUGGUGCAAACGCUGCGGUCAUUCACUACAAGCCAGAGCCCGGCGCAUGCAGCGUUAUCGACCCCAAGGCAGUGUACCUUUGCGACUCUGGUGCUCAAUACCUUGAUGGUACAACAGACACCACUCGCACUAUGCACUUUGGUGAGCCGACAGAGAUGGAGCGCAAAGCAUACACUCUUGUGUUGAAAGGUCACAUCGCGCUAGACAACGUCAAAUUCCCCAAGGGCACCACUGGAUACGCGAUUGAUGUCCUAGCUAGACAGUUCCUCUGGGCCGAAGGACUCGAUUAUCGACACGGCACUGGUCAUGGUGUUGGAUCUUUCCUCAACGUCCACGAAGGACCUAUCGGCAUUGGUACUAGAGUUGCCUACAGUGAGGUUCCGUUGGCAGUCGGUAAUGUCAUUUCGAACGAGCCUGGCUACUACGAGGACGGUGCUUUCGGCAUCAGAAUAGAGAAUAUGUUCAUGGUGACAGAAAAGAAGACGACACAUCAGUUCGGCGACAAGCCUUAUUUGGGCUUCGAGCAUGUCACCAUGACACCGAUGUGCAAGAAGCUCACAGACGCAUCACUGCUCACGGCGGAGGAGAAGCAGUGGCUGAACGACUACCACUCGAAGGUGUACGAAAGGACCAAGGGGUAUUUCACGCACGACCAGAGAACAAUGAAAUGGCUUGAGAGGGAGUGUGCAGCAUACUAG